GUGAAUUUUAUUUUUAAUUUUAACUUAAGUCAAUUGGCAGUCAUCAGUCAUACAAACUGUUUGGUUUCUCUCUUUCUCAAUGUUUUAAACUACUUAGCUAUAUCAUAUUAUAAGCAGUCAUUUCUAUAGUAGCCUUUUUAGCAUUAUUUUGUGCAUAUUAAGAUGCAUGCACUUUGGCAUGAAGGUUCAGAUUUCUUUACUUUGAUGAUGGGACAACAAUGGCUUAAUCCUGACAAAGAAUAUCAGAUCUUUUGGUUGUGAAGCAGCUGCAUUUUUUUUCUGACUGUCCUAAGUUUAAAUUGAAUUAGAUCAGCAAAAUCUUAAACUUGGUCACAUACAGACCUGUGUUUGUACAAGUUCUUUGUGGGUUCUCAGUAGCAGUUACAGAAUCUUACCAGUAGGUGUUGCAUGCAGUGUUUUGGUGUUAGAGUUGUAAAUCAUUUAUCAAAGCCAUUGAUGAUAAAGUAUGACAAAUCAGUUCAUUCCCUCAUAAAAGACUAAAUACACACUCACUUCACACUCUAGUAAUUGUGCUUUAUAUAUACAUGCACAGUGGGUUCAGAAAGUAUUGAGACCGUUCUGUUACACAUUUGUAUUAUAGCUUAAAUUAAACUUCUUUUUUUUGCCAUCAGUCUAAAAUAACCCAUAAUGUCAAAGUGAAAAGUUUUUUGCUGAAAUAUUAGAAAUCAAACACUGAAAUCUUAAGUAAGCGCCUUGGCAGAAGCCCCUUUGGUGGCAAUCACAGCUUCGAGUCAUCUUUGGGAAGUCUCCACAAGCUUUGCACGCCUGCCAUUGUCCCAUUCUACUUCGCAGAUCCUCUCAAGCUCAGUCAGAAUGGAUGAGGAGUGUCUGAACUGCCAUCUUCAGGUAUCUCCAAAGAUGUUCUAUAGGGUUCAGAUCUGGGCUUUGGCUAGGCCAGUCAAGAAGAUUCAGAGACUUGUCUCAGACACUCAAGUGAUGUUUUGGUUGUACGCUUCAGGUUGUUGUCUUGCUGAAAGGUGAAACUUUGCUCUGGACUGAUAUCAUGUGCUCUCUAGAGCAGGUUUGUCUUCAAGGAUCUCUGUAUUUUGGCUGCCUUCAUUCUUCCCUUAGAUUAUUCUCUAAAUUCAGACCAGUGUCCCUGUCCCUGCAUGCUGCCAGCACCAUGCUUCACCAUAGCAUGAUGAGCAGUAGCUGGUUUUGCCAUCAUUGUGGGACCUUAUACACACAGGUGUGUGGCUUUCGAAAUCAUGUCCAGUCCGUUGAAUUUGCCGCAAGUUUAAACCAAACAGGAUGUGCCUUAGCUCAGUUAGACUGAUGAAUCACAUGAAACACUAUUUUAUUUAAAGUUUCUCCUGAAGAAGAUGCUGAGAGACGAUGAAGCGCGCGCGCGCGUCACCAGGAGCAACCGAUCCGGCCAGCGCACGCGCGCGCGGGAGCGAAAGCAGGCCAUUGAUUGGUCAGACGCGGGGAGGAGAGAGAGAGAGUGUGUGAGUGAGUGUAUAAUUUAUUAUGAGACGCGGUUCAUCUUCAGCUCAUCCUGUACGACCAUCCGUUCAGCGUCGCCUGCUGUGAGUCACAGUGAAGCUGAGAGUGAGAUGUAGACUCUUCACCUUUCCACAAUGCACAUGAACAAUCUGCUGAACCGCUGGAAUGAGAUCACGGGGAUAUCUGAUGUGGACCUGUCCCCUGAGCCCAGCAGCCCCACCCUCCUCAGUGAGUGUGCAGAGACAUACUGCCAGGCUGAGCGCCGGAGCCGCCUGCAUACCUGUGUCUGCAAACUGCACUUAUGGGAGGAUUUCAGCACCGAGCUCAUAGGGAGUGGCUUCUUCUCUAAAGUCUACAAGGUGAUGCACAACACCACGAUGAAGGUGAUGGUGGUGAAGGUUUAUAAGAACGAUGUGGAUCAGGAUAGCAUCAUGAAGGAAAUCAGCCUCCUGCAGAAGCUCUCACACCCCAAUGUGGUGAGGUAUCUGGGGAUUUGUGUCAGAGAGGAUAAACUGUACCCGAUCCUCGAGUAUGUAAACGGAGGCUGUCUGGAGGAGCUCUUGGCGAGGAGUGACAUUACGCUAUGUUGGAGGGAGAAGGUGGAACUGGCCUGUGACAUUUGCAGAGGAAUGACCUACCUCCACUCCAGGAACAUCUACCAUAGAGACCUGAACUCCAAGAACUGUCUGAUCCGAGUGACAGCACAAGGCAGAGAGGCAGUGGUGACAGAUUUCGGUCUUGCCCGGGAGGUGGUGGAGCUUCCUGUUAACAGUCCUGACAGGAAGAUGUCCUUGGUGGGUUCUGCAUUCUGGAUGGCCCCUGAGAUGCUGAGAGGGGAACCGUAUGACCGCAAGGUGGAUGUUUUCUCCUUUGGGAUCAUGCUGUGUGAGAUUCUGGCUAGAAUUCCUGCUGACCCGGAGGUUCUGCCUAGAACACAGGACUUUGGUCUGGAUGUGGAGGCGUUCAGUGAGCUGGUACUGGGAUGUCCACAGAAAGUUCUGGAGCUCUCAGCCAACUGCUGUCAGAUGGAUGCAUAUCUGAGGCCAACCUUCUCUGACCUACUGGAAAAGCUAGAGGACGUUGCAGAGAGUCUGGAGCCUCCAGACUGUCCUCUGACCUCAGGGUGACCUCUGACCCCAGGCUUACAGACAUUACAGACCUGCAGCGAUGGACAUGACCAGGCUUUUAAGAGUAUCUGUGAUGUAUGGUGACUCUGCAAGUGAGUGUCUGCAGAAUGCUUCAGCCUUUAUGCCUCGCUUCAUUUUUGAGGACUUGUAUGUUUCAGAAACUGGACCAAAUUUCAAACGGGACCUGCUACCAUACACCACUCCUCAUGGAGGCUAAUCAGGGUUUACUGCAGGAGGCAGGAAUUAAAGUUGCAGUGAACCAAUUUUUAUGUUCAUUAGUGGACUGAUCUGAUUGUGUAGGUGGGUGUGUCCUAGAAUAUUUCACUUGUUUUGUAUGAUUCAAACACUAACUUGUGUUUCAAAAUAAGCAAUAUUGAGAUCGCUUUGUGAGCUUUCCAAAAAAAAAAAAAAAAAAAUCCUCAGAUGCCUGUGAGGUGAAUUGUAAUAAAAACACUGUCAGACCCUUUAACUCUUUACCCCAGCUGAAAUGAUGUACUUCUUGUAAGUUUCCUCUUUAUGGAAAAGAACUGAACUGAGCAGCUCUGCUCCAAAUGAAGAAACUAGCGAGAUCCAUGUUGCAUAACUACAUUGUGAAUCAGUUUUUAUAAUCUUCUAAAGUGAAAUAUGAGCAAUAUGAUCCUUCUCUAAAGAUUUUCAGUUUAAACGUAAUGUUUAGCGUACUCUGUUGUAGUUUGAACUGUGUCCAGGAGGGGGCAGUGUUUUAUUUGUUCAGGCCAAUUAUUAAAUAUGAGCUGGAAACAACAGGCACUCAGUGAUGAAAUAACAAGUAAACCAUUUCCUCAAAAAGAUUCAUGGCAGGGUUAGCUUAGCAUUUUAACACUGGAAAUGUGUAGACUUGGAUGUGUGGAGAGCCAAUCAGAUUGCAACCUUUGAAAUCAUGAAACUCAUGGCCAGAAAAGUGUACAGAAGAUAUCCUGUAUACUGCAGGCAGAACCUCUGAGGCCGUGUGUGUAUAUAUAGAUGCAUUUAGGCAUUAGGUCAUUGUGCGUGAUCUUGAGACGCGGCUUCCCAAUGACUAGUUUCGCUGUGAUUACCACCAGGAGGUGCCAGAGUCCACACACACACACACACACACACACACACACACACACACACUCAGAAAUCCGGUCCCAACACAGCAUUUAGAACUGUGGUUGAAUUGAAAUCCCACUCAAGUUCAAUGUCACUGAUUCUUUAGACUGUCGUCUAAGUAAUAUUGCUGUAAAUUUCCUUCUCCAGCCAGAGGCCAUCUUUCACUUUCCCAAUAAUUUACACAUCAGUGCCUUUUUGUUGCAGCUACUGUUUCCAUGGUAACCAAGACUUUUUCUUGUUCUGAAUGCUGUUAUUUCACUGUUUAUAAAAUGUGGGGAAAAAACCAUAACCCAGAAUGAUUUCAGUAACAACCAAGACUAAAGGAAAAUUACUGUUAGGACAAAGUUCAGGACCAAGGGUGAUACUAAAAAAGUUUUCAUUAAUAAUUGGUUGUUUGUAAGUGUGGAGCAGAAAAGUGAUUUUUUUUUCUGGUGUUACUUCCAUUCCACGUUUCCAUCAGGAGUGUUUUAUACACACGUAAUCACCGAGAGAAGAAAAGAAGACUAUAGAGUUUAACCUAAAUGUUAGUCAGGACAGAACUUCAUUAAUUUGUUUGUCUAUUUGACAAUUUACACACACACACAUUUAAUGCACCAAGGUAAACUGGUAGCUAUAAACUUCUAUUAGUUGUUAGCUACAUUGGUCCCUGGAGGACUAGUGGUUAGGCCUUGGCAUUCUCACCACCGCGGCCUGGGUUUGAUUCCCGGCCAGGGAUCCGACCCCAGCCACUGGGGUUGCAUAUGACAGUGCACGCCCAGUGCCGGUCCCAAGCCCAGAUAAAAUUGGGAAGGGUUGCAUCAGGAAGGGCACCUGACAUAAAAACUGUGCCAAAUCAAAUAUGCGGACCAAUGAGCUGCUGUGGCAACCCCUAACAGGAGCAGCUGAAAGAAGAACAACAACUUGUUAGCUACAUUAUCAUCAUAGCUCCAGUGUAAAACUAAAGAAGCAAACAUGUCUUCGCUGAUUAACAACAUUUGGAGUAAAGGGACUGUGUGGAUGUUUGAUUUCUCUUUAAACAUGUCUUUAAGAAACACAGCUGAAACAACAGGAUGUUAUUUCUGAAAUCAAAAUAUUUAAUAGGUACAUAUCAAGUAUAAUACCAUGUAUAAAAUUUGGGAUCACAAUAUGAAGCCAUGUUGCUGCUGAGGCAGGUUGUGCGUCAUCAGGUAAAUGUUUGCCACAUCAACAGAACUGAUGAUGAACAUAAACAAGGGAUUAAACACUAGAAAAAACAACGGCAUGAUCAGCGCUCAUGAGAAUAACACAUCAACUGUUUUUAUAUUGUUUAAAAGUUUUCUCCUUCUUUAGUACGUGCUGUGAAACAACAGACAUGGAAGGCAGAAAAGCCAAGCAGCAGAACAGGAACUAGAACUAGAACCAGAGAGAACCAAUGAGAGAGAGAGUGAAACUCACAAAAAAAGGAAUUUACUAGCAUCACCUACUAUUGCGGGGGUAAUUAAAAAUAAUAUUUUUCCAAGGGGGAAAAAAAAA